AUGCUUUGAGGAUAAACGGAGCUGUGAUUCGCGUCGGGAACGUCCCUGACAUUUACAGCAACACCAUAUGUGCUGUAAUUUCCAGUCUUGCGGCCAGCGCUACGGCCACUUUCUCAUGCGGCGGGAUAGUGGGACGUUACAUGGUUGUUCAUAUUCCUGGAAAUGACAAGAUUCUUAGUCUUGCUGAAGUUGGAGUCUAUGGGGAUUUGGCAGGAAAUCGGGCAGUAAGAGGAGCCGCUACACAGUCGUCAACAUCUGGGGACUGGUUUGCUGGAAAGGCCAUUGACAGUAAUCGAGGUCUCCAGCAGUUGUACACGGGAUGCUCCUCAACCCUUAAUCAGACUAACCCGUGGUGGAGGCUGGAUCUGCUUGAUAUGUACCGAGUUAGUAAAGUGGUCAUUACUAACAGACGAGAUUGCUGCACAGAACGAAUAAACGGAGCGGAGAUUCGCAUCGGGAACUCUUUGGAGAACAACGGCAGCAACAAUCCCAUAUGUGCUGUUAUUCCUGCUAUUCCAGCUGGCGAGUCCUACAACUACUCCUGUGAUGGGAUGGACGGACGUUAUGUGAUUGUUCAUAUUCCUGGAGAUCAGAAGAUUCUUGCUCUUUGUGAGGUUGAAAUCUACGGUUAUUUGGCAGAAAAUCUGGCAGUAGCUGGAGUUGCUACACAGUCUUCAACAUCUGGGGACGGAUUUGCUGAAAAGGCCGUUGAUCGAGGUCUCCAGCAGUUGUACACGGGAUGCUCCUCAACCCUUAGUCAGACUAACCCGUGGUGGAGGCUGGAUCUGCGUCACAUUUACAGAGUUAGUAAAGUGGUCGUCACAAACAGACGAGAUUGCUGUGCAGAACAAAUAAACGGAGUGGAGAUUCGCAUCGGGAACUCUUUGGAGAACAACGGCAGCAACAAUCCCAUAUGUGCUGUUAUUCCUGCUAUUCCAGCAGGCGAGUCCUACAACUACUCAUGUGGUGGGAUGGAGGGACGUUAUGUGAAUCUGAUCAUUCCUGGAGACAUGAAGACACUCACUCUCUGUGAGGUGAAGGUCUAUGGAGAAGGUCCCGCUUUAAAAAGGUCAUUUGUAAAAAUGCAGUUUAACUCCAUCAAUGAUCUAACUGACCCUUCAAUGAGAGAAAAUGUUCUGAAACAGUUGGGAUCUGCUCUUGCUGAUAGAGGACUCACAAAUGUGACACUGCGAUGGACUCAAACUCCUGAACGGGUGAUCCAGAAGGGGAACGAUGAUAAACAGGGUGCAAACCUGACGCCACGUCGUAACAGAGACGUUGGGUCUGGAAUUCGCUGGAGACUGCUGCGCCCUGAAACCCAGAGGGUGACAGAGUUGGCAGGACGGUAUCCUGAGGGCACCAGGACGGGACAGGCACCGCAGGAUGAGGUGAACACUGCCCAACCCGGAGGGGGCUGCCCUCAGAAGACUGACCCCUCUGUUGAUUCCACAGGGUUUGUAUUGGUUGUGGAAAGAGCAAAUGGACAAGAAGAGAAUGCAGCACUUUGGGGUGAACCUACUCAGUCGUCAAUUUAUGGAGGCUUUAACGCUGAACAUGCGCUUGAUGGUUUGGUCGGCACCUGGUCUCACACUAACCCAGAGACCAACCCGUGGUGGAGAGUGGAUCUACUGAAGGUAUACAUCGUGAACAGAGUGACCAUUACUAACAGAAACACCAAUCCUUCGAGGAUAAACGGAGCAGUGAUUCGCGUCGGGAACUUCCCUGACAUUUACAGCAACACCAUUAUUGCGGCCAGCGCUACGGCCACUUUCUCAUGCGGCGGGAUGGUGGGACGUUACAUGGUUGUUCAUAUUCCUGGAAACCAGAGGAUUCUUAGUCUUGCUGAAGUUGGAGUCUAUGGGGAUUUGGCAGGAAAUCGGGCAGUAAGAGGAGCCGCUACACAGUCGUCAACAUCUGGGAAUUGGUUUGCUGGAAAGGCCAUUGACAGUAAUCGAGGUCUCCAGCAGUUGUACACGGGAUGCUCCUCAACCCUUAAUCAGACAAACCCGUGGUGGAGGCUGGAUCUGCGUUACAUUUACAGAGUUAGUAAUGUGGUCGUCACGAACAGACGAGACUGCUGUGCAGAACGAAUAAACGGAGCGGAGAUUCGCAUCGGGAACUCUUUGGAGAACAACGGCAACAACAAUCCCAUAUGUGCUGUUAUUCCUGCUAUUCCAGCAGGCGAGUCCUACAACUACUCAUGUGGUGGGAUGGAGGGACGUUAUGUGAAUCUGAUCGUUCCUGGAGACAUGAAGACACUCACUCUCUGUGAGGUGAAGGUCUAUGGAGAAGGUCCCGCUUUAAAAAGGUCAUUUGUAAAAAUGCAGUUUAACUCCAUCAAUGAUCUGACUGACCCUUCAAUGAGAGAAAAUGUUCUGAAACAGUUGGGAUCUGCUCUUGCUGAUAGAGGACUCACAGAUGUGAAACUGCGAUGGACUCAAACUCCUGAACGGGUGAUCCAGAAGGGGAACGAUAAUAAACAAAAUCUGGCAGUAGAUGGAGCCGCUACACAGUCAUCAACAUCUGGGGAAGGGUUUGCUGAAAAGGCUGUUGAUCGAGGUCUCCAGCAGUUGUACACGGGAUGCUCCUCAACCCUUAAUCAGACUAACCCGUGGUGGAGGCUGGAUCUGCGUUACAUUUACAGAGUUAGUAAUGUGGUCGUCACGAACAGACGAGACUGCUGUGCAGAACAAAUAAACGGAGCGGAGAUUCGCAUCGGGAACUCUUUGGAGAACAACGGCAACAACAAUCCCAUAUGUGCUGUUAUUCCUGCUAUUCCAGCAGGCGAGUCCUACAACUACUCAUGUGGUGGGAUGGAGGGACGUUAUGUGAAUCUGAUCGUUCCUGGAGACAUGAAGACACUCACUCUCUGUGAGGUGAAGGUCUAUGGAGAAGGUCCCUGUUUAAAAAGGUCAUUAGUAAAAAUGCAGUUUAACUCCAUCAAUGAUUUGACUGACCCUUCAAUGAGAGAAAAUGUUCUGAAACAGUUGGGAUCUGCUCUUGCUGAUAGAGGACUCACAGAUGUGAAACUGCGAUGGACUCAAACUCCUGAACGGGUGAUCCAGAAGGGGAACGAUAAUAAACGUCCUUGUGAGAACAGAAAAUUCCUUUGA